AUGAGGCUAAUUAACGAGACAGACCUACACUAUGCAGUUAUCAGGUACAUUCGUACGCAUUAUCCAGACGCUCCAAUUGUAGCGGGUCUAGGAGAGUACCAAGAUACUGUUCAACGUAAAAGCGACGCAUUUCAUAAGGGCUAUCUAGGAGGACAACCUGAUAUCAUAGUAGUAAAUCCUAUGAAUGGUUACACAGGACUAGCAAUAGAACUUAAGACCCCUAAGGGCACCGGUGAAAUAAGGGACAAUCAGGUAGGCUGGCUUAAGAGAUUAACUCAACUAGGUUACAAAACAAUGUUCUCCAAUGACUACACAUAA